UCAGCUAGGGGGUCGGGCGUGAGAUUAGAAGUUACGCGGGGUUGUGGGGUGUCCGGGAGCUUAAGGCGCCGCGCUUUCUCUUUGGCGUUCGCCGCUGAACGUCUUGUGUCCUUUCCGCCCUUUCGGGCAGGGGGAAAGCAGAGCUUUUUCACGAGCUGGGGACCGUGAAGGAGAAGGGAGCCAACGGUGGACUCUGGAGCGCCUGAGGGCAGGACUGCGGCCCGGAAGAGGGGAGGAGAAGAGAGGGUUCCCGUAGGCAGGGUCCGCACGCGCUGGGAUCAGGGCUGGUCCCGAGAAGGGCCUGGGGCGGUCGCGCUAUGUUCGGGGCCCGGUGCCUGCUCCGAUUCCUGCGCUCCUGUUCCUCGGCUCCUUGCCCAAAGCACAAACCUUCAGUCAAACUGAGCGUGCGGGACGCUCUCGGGGACCAGAACGCAAGUGGGGAGCGCGUUAAGGUCCAGGGAUGGAUUCGUUCAGUCCGAUCCCAGAAGGAAGUCUUGUUCCUGCAUGUAAAUGAUGGGUCAUCUUUGGAAAGCCUUCAGGUUGUAGCAGAUUCAAGCUUUGACAGUAGACAACUGGCCUUUGGGAGUUCUGUGGAAGUUCAAGGGCAGCUGGUAAAAAGUUUGUCCAAAAGGCAAAAUGUAGAACUGAAGGCAGAAAAAAUUGAAGUUGUUGGAAAUUGUGAUGCCAAGGCUUUCCCUUUUAAAUAUAAAGAGAGGCAUCCUCUGGAGUAUCUCAGACAAUACCCUCACCUUAGGUGUAGGACUAAUGUUCUGGGUUCUAUACUGAGGGUUCGCAGUGAAGCCACAGCUGCUAUCCAUUCUUUCUUUAAGGACAGUGGCUUUGUGCAUAUUCAUACUCCAGUAAUCACAUCCAAUGACUGUGAGGGGGCUGGAGAACUUUUUCAAGUUAAACCUUCAAGCAAAAUAAAGGUACCUGAGGAGAAUUUCUUCAAUGUUCCUGUUUUCUUAACUGUCUCAGGACAACUUCAUCUAGAAGUGAUGUCAGGAGCUUUUACUCAAGUGUUUACCUUUGGUCCAACAUUCCGAGCAGAGAAUUCUCAGAGCCGGAGACACCUGGCAGAGUUUUAUAUGGUAGAAGCAGAGAUUUCUUUUCUUGAGAGCCUUCAAGAUCUCAUGCAGGUUAUGGAGGGCCUCUUCAAGACUACAACAAUGACAGUUCUCUCAAAUUGUCCUGAAGAUGUUGAACUGUGUCACAAAUUCAUAGCUCCUGGCCAAAAGGACAGAUUAGAACAUAUGCUAAAAAACAACUUUCUAAUCAUUUCUUAUACUGAGGCAGUGGAGAUCUUAAAGCAGGCAUCCCAGAACUUCACCUUCACUCUGGAGUGGGGUGCUGAUCUACACACUGAACAUGAAAAGUACCUGGUAAAGCACUGUGGCAACAUACCAGUCUUUGUCAUUAAUUAUCCAUUAGCACUCAAGCCCUUCUACAUGAGAGAUAAUGAAGACAGCCCUCAGCACACAGUUGCUGCUGUUGAUCUUCUGGUUCCUGGAGUUGGAGAACUCUUUGGGGGAAGCCUCAGAGAAGAACGGUACCAUUUCUUAGAGCAGCGAUUGGCCAGGUCAGGACUGACAGAAGCCUACCAAUGGUAUCUGGACCUCCGUCGAUUUGGAUCUGUGCCACAUGGAGGUUUUGGGAUGGGAUUUGAACGCUAUCUGCAGUGCAUCUUGGGAAUUGACAAUAUCAAAGAUGUUAUUCCUUUUCCAAGAUUUACUCAUUCGUGUCUUUUGUAGCUGAAGACUGGUUAAGGAAAAUCACCCUGUGCCAGAGGUACUGCACGUGAAUAUACAUACAGGAGAAUGCAUGUUUGAACUGUAGAAAUACAGACGUUUUCUAUAUGUAAUUUGUCAUGCCAGAAGA